CUGCACACAGCAGCAGAAUGAUCCUCUGCCUCCUCGCCCUUCAUCUAAUGGCACUGGCAGUGGAGGCUGAAGUCUUCGCCACCCUGGGACCCCCGUUCCACCUCCCCAGGGAAGGGGGCAGCAGAACCAUCCUCGUCUGCCUGGUCAGCCACCCCACGCGGGGCGACAUGCUCAUCACCUGGCUCUCCAGCAGUGCAGGGGGGUCCCAUAGCAUCACAGACAGUGUCGCACAGGAAGAGGACGGCACACACAGUGCCAUUUCCGUCAUAUCUGUGCCCACUGACCAAUGGGACUCAUACACCUGCUUCAUCACUCACAGUAACCCAGCAGUGGUUACCCAACGACGCUACAGCCACUUCUUAGAAGAAGAACAUAACCGCAGCUGUUAUGAAGAUGCACCCAAUGUUAUACUGACACAAUCAGAUGCUGUUUUCAUCCUGGCUCUCAGAAUUCUACUUUUAAAAAUAACAAUCUUCAAUCUUCUGAUGACUACAAAUGCUGUCAUAAAAUGAGUGAUGUCCAGAAAAU